AUGAGUAUGCGGGUGGGUCGCUGUGUUAAUGUAUAUCUUGCUUUACAUCCAUGUGUCUCGGGUACUUCAGGGGAAUUAAUGAACAGCACGUCUCUUGCUGAUGAGAGGACACCAGAGGAAGGGUCUGGAAGGGUGGCUCACUCCUCGAGAAUGCCAUGCCUAAUAUUGCCUUCUUCCAUACAAGUGAAGGGAAGCGGGACGCAUAUAUUGUUUCACAAUGGCUGUAUUGAUCAUCGCUCCAUCGCCACGACGCUGGGUGACGCGGCAUGGAAUGAAUUGCGUCGUAGUGGUAAUUUUUGGUUUAUUUCAUGUGUCCCUCCCCAUUUUUCCAAAGAGGGUGAAAGCAGGGCAUUGGGUGAACUGGGGAGUGUGGAGGCAUCGAUGCUGGAGUGGUUAUCAGUACGAGUUUUGCAGGUUGUCUCCUCACCCCUGAGAGUGUCUGUAAUGCAAUGGAUGGAAGGGGGAGGAAAUGCGUUGCGUGGAGCAGAUGCAGAUGAACCGCCUUGGCGCUAUUCGAAACAGAGCGAGGGGGAGUUCGCAGAUGUGGAGACGUUGAUAGAGUUUGUGAAGGGAAGCCUGACGGAAAACAGUGAAAAAGCAGCAACAUUUUGCUUUCAUUUGGUGAGAAUCACGUUCUUUGAUCCCGAGUAUGCAGGCAAUUGUGAGAUUGUGAUGGCGGGUGUAGGCGCGUCUUUUGAGGCCUUGUCAGCGAGCGCAUCCCGUUCUCUCGUUGCGGUGCGUGCGUGGUUUGCCAAUUUGGCGUCCGUCUGCACGGAAAAUUCACAGCGUCAGCGACACAACAAUCGUUUCUUUUUUGAUCUAGACGCACGGGCCUCCGAGAUUCUACCGGAAGAAAUUGUCCGUUUUCUCCUUGCACGACUCUCUCACUUCAAUAGUGAAGGGGAGGAAGAUGGCCAUGUUAAUUUGCAGCCAACUAAACGAGUGGUGUACGCCGUUCUGGAGGUGGAUGUCGGGGCUCUUCUCCAAGGGGAAAAGGGAUUGUAUGCUGACGAUGGCGCAUCCGCAUCACUCUUGCGGUACCUGUCGUUUUGGAGCUCACUGGGGGCGUUCGUGUUGAAAGAUUAUGAUGACGAUGAUGGUGGCAAUGCCGAUGGUCAUGAUCACGGCGCUGAGAAAGAAAUAAGUGGCGAGAACCAUUGUGCGGGUACAGGGCGAAUCGCGGAUGACAGCUUACUUGACGCCAAAGCGCGGCUGCAAAAGUUUCUUAUUGAUCCCUUGAUUUUUUCCCGGCUGACUGAGGGCUGGUGUGGUAGGGAGGCAAUUGGCGAAACGGUCUUCUCCAAAGGACGAAUUCUUGCUGCUCUUGAGCAGUCACACCGUGUAUCAAACGUGGCGAGGCAAAAGGGGUUGCAGCGACGACUACGGCGUUGCCUUUCAUCGGCAACGCAUCCAAGUAAAUCUGUGAGCGAUGUGCUUGGGUUUUUUAGCGCAGAAAAUGAGGCAGUUAUGUGGUGUCAGAGGCUUGAGUGGCAAUAUUACAUUAUGCUUGGGGAUUUUUUUGAGACGGGCGAGUCACCUUCAAGAAGUCUUCUCUCACCCAAGCAGCAGAAGCAACAACAACAACAACAACAACAACAUGAAGUUUUGCUUCAGUUUCCGGAAGGAGAAAAGACACUUGACAACCAAUGGAAACUGAAGCCGUUUCUGCAUGAAGGUUCCCAUAAAGAGGCUGAGGGGUCUUGGUCUGAGGAUAUGACAGGAGUGAAGUCCCGCGUUUCAUCUUGCGCUUGUGAUGGCUUAGACUCACCGAGAACAUUUUGUUCUUCACGUGGAGCAGUGCCACAGUCAUUGUUAGUGCCGCCGCAAGAUCUGUUUUAUCGCUUGAGUGAGGCUGAGGUCGUUCGGCGACUUUUGAUUAAGCUCAGUGCUGCAGAGUCGAUGGAGUCUAUACUGUUCUGCGUUGCAUUUCAGUUGCAACGUUCUCAUGUGCAGGAAAUGCAUCUAUGCAAUGGAUUGCUGCAUGCUAAGAAGGAAGCAGACUGUGCGCGGCAAAUUUCGUCACCUGUAAAACGCUGCGAAGUUCCCAUUUACUUGGAUCUUCUACGAGAAUAUACACGUGGAAUCGAGGACAUCUUCUUGCCAUUGCUGGUUGAAAGUGUUGGAGAAAAACUUGGAUGCUUUCUCGAACUCUUUGCUGCUGCUCGGGAAAAAGAAAAUAAAACGGGUCGCACCAUUUUUCCUUCCAUCGACUUUGUGGAUGCAGCCGUGCAGACGAUUAUGCCACCGAAUGAACGGCACUCAGGGGUCAUGGAUGGGAAUACCUCUGGAUGGGAACCAUGCAUUCCUUUGCGUGAUGAAGAAUCCAACCAGCAAUUACUAGGGGAGGUGACUUUAUCGACGGAGUCAGCAUACGCACCCGAGAGGAAAAGCUCUUUACUCCGGCGUCGACUUAGCGAAGAUGGUGAUCUUCCAAACAUGGAUGAAAACACAGCGAACGCACUAUACUCACCGACUGUAGAAGGCACAGUGGCGGAGCUUCACGGAGACGGUAAGACUAUUUUGGGAGAUGAAUCCCAGUUACCGAUGCCGGAGGGGGAGUGCGUGGAGCCUCCUUCUGUGGACUGUGGUCGCCUCAAAGAAGACGUAAAGAGCGAGGUUUCGUUGCGGCAUGUUCGUCGGCUUUGUCGUGCCAAGGCACGUGGCUCUGUGCAAAAUCUCGUUUAUCGGCGACUACUCACCACAGGGUGCAUCAAGAAUGUUGUAAAUCAACGAAGUGAAUCCAAUGGAACAUUGCCUGCUCUCAGUUUUUCUGAAAUUAUGGAAGAGAAAUUACGCUGGUGUGAAUCAGAAGACCUUGAUGAAUACAGGAAGCUGUUGGCGUAUAGUAUUUAUGUGGUGGGGACAGCAGGGUGUGGGAAAUCGAGUUUUAUAAGCUCUUUUUUGCAUGAAGUGUCUUUGAUCGCUUGUUCACCAGCAGUGGAGCCACACACAAUGGCGAUCCGGCGAACUUCAACAAUCGUUGAAGUUCCCUUUCCUACGUAUUCUCUUCCUUUGGGUGGUCACAGCAAGAUUUCACCAUCCAACAUGCGGCAGUGGAUGACCGCUGUUGGGGACAGUCGUGUGGAACCCUCUCGGGUUGGGGUGAACUUUGUUGAGGUACCGACCCCCUUCUUAUUUGUGGCUAGUACGGGAAAUGUGAAGCUGCCCAGCCGGGGCGUUGUGUAUUACAUUUUGUAUCGUGUGCAGGAUGACUGGAACUCGAUGCAGGAAGCGAUAUGGCAGCAAGUUCAGACAAUUCAACAUGCUGUAACGAUGCCGAGUUUACAUGUUUUAAAUGCACUGGGAGGUGACAAUGACAGCGUGGGGGAUCCACGUGUGGGGUUGCCUUACUUGCCGGUAGUACUUGUCGGUACCUACAGGGAUUCCACCGUUGAUUUGGUUUCUGUGGAGCAGCCCGCCGCGGCGCAAAAUCAGUUGGAUCGACUUGGACUGUGGUUUGAGGAACGGGUUGGGCAGCAAAGGGAAUCUACCGAGGGCCAGUUACCACGGCCUGUAAUAAUUGAUUCCUGCCUCACGAAUACGUCUAACUAUUUAUUUAUCUCGGAAAACUUUUCCAACAACACAGCGUUCCAAACGCUUCUUUAUCGCACGUUGAGAUUUCUUUACCACACUGCGCCCCUGAGUCCAUUGCACGUCCUGGCACGGUGGCUUCCUCGAUCCUUUUUUAUCCCGCUUGAGCCUCAUGUUGAAGGAGUCGAAGAACAUGAAGUUACGGAGAUUAAAGCAGUUGAUAUGCAUUAUAUGAUCCACGGUACCCUUGAGGGAUUUUGGGAAUUCCAACGCCGCCGUCGUGAUUUUGCUGCAUCCAUGCAGCAACAAGAAGAAAAUGAAGACGGUGAGGCAAAUCGGAUUUCCCAUUCUGUUCCAUUUUCUCCACAUAGACUGAGAUUGUGGUGGAGCAGCAGUUCAGAAGGACUUCUUUCUCUCUUUACUGCUCUACAACGGUUACGCCAAUUUGUGUCAUGCUGCUUUGAUGAGCAAUCCUUUGACAAUGCGGUGCUGUACCACCUGGGGUUUGUCCAUCCGGAUGACCCCGAUGAGAUGGACGGGGAUGAUGAAAAGGAACGUUGCCUGCGCGGGAGGGAUGUGUUUUUGGAGGCUUUACUGGAAGAGUGCCGCCUUCGCGGUGCGCUCUUUUUUCUACCCUGCACUCUACCCCACUCACCAGAAGAAAGUGGACGUGGGAGUGACCCGCGGGUUUUUAACAAGCCACCGUCUUUCUCGGCAACGCCAAAUCAGCAGCUGCGCAUGGUGCUUCUUGGUCCAGAGUGGGUGGAAAAUAUAUGGUCACAGACGCUGGCACCACAAAUGGUGGUCUACCACACCAUAUUUCUUUUGGGCGGUUCCGACGAUGUGACCGAUGAUGUCUUGAGCACCAUCUUAUUUCACUGUGAAAAGCAACUUGGCGUCACAUUUACUGCGGCACACUUCACAGCGGUGUGGCCGCAGUUGUAUCCGAAUUUAUCGAAGGAUUCUGUUGAGUCCAAAACCCACAAUAUCGACAAAAUAAGUGAAUGUCUCUACCAAUACCUUACAAGGGGUUGUGUUUCUUCAGAGCUGCUGCAGUUCUUAUGGCGUCCGCCGUAUAAUAUUCUUGCCACAAAUGAAAUGGGUGCCGUAAUGGCCCUUAUUGCAAGCGGAUUGGCACGCCGAGAGACGAGGGAGGAACACGAAGAAACAAAGGGUGAUCGAUAUGGACUGACAGGGUUGCAUCUGCCAUGCGCCCCAUUGACACCUGGCAACCUGGCAUAUGCGUGUAGACAAGAAGUUUGA